AUGAUGGAAUUAAAUAUUCCACGACCACUGGAUUUCAGUGGCAACAUUGCAGAGAACUACAAAAAAUUCAAACAGCGAAUCAAUAUAUAUAUGACAGCGAAUGGACUACACCAAAAGAGUGAUGAAGUUAAAGUCGCAAUAAUUUUGAACACAAUUGGCGAAGAAGGAAUUGACAUAUUCAAUAAUUUUAAUCUCAGUGAAGAGGAUCAAAAGAAGUAUGAGGCAGUAGUCAAAAAGUUUGACGAGUACCUACUUCCAAAGAAAAAUAUAGUAUAUGAGAGAUUUUUAUUCUAUAAAAGAGUACAAGAACCAAAUGAGUCAGUCGACAAUUUUGUGAAGGAGCUGAAGAAGCUAGCGCAGAAUUGUGAAUUUACGGAUAAACAAGACAUGAUUCGUGACAGAAUAGUGUUAGGUAUAGCAGAUUUGAAAACACAGGAGAAGCUGCUAGGCAUGACAGAUUUAAAGUUAGAGAAAGCAGUUGAAAUAUGCAGAGCCAGAGAAAUGUUAAAAGAAAGAGUCAAGACGAUGAAUGAGGAGAAGGUAAUUGAGAAAGUCGAUAUUAUACCGGCAAUGAAGGGGAAGAUGAAGCAGAAUAUAAGAAAAAGCCAGGAAGGAAAAGAAGAAUCGGGCAUUGAAAAGGAAUUCCAGUGUAGAAGGUGCAACAGGAAGCAUGGUCCAAAAGAAUGUCCAGCUUUUGGGAAGAAAUGCAACCGGUGUGGAAAAUUGAAUCACUUCGAAGCGGCAUGCAGAGUAAAAAGAGUCCAGGAGAUUGAAGACGUGGAAAAUGAGGAGUUGCUAGCGACGAUGGAGACAUUAAACAUUGUAAGAAGCAAAGUACAUCAGAUAAAUGUGUCAUCGUGGGUGGAAAAUAUAGAGAUAGAGAAUAGAAUUAUUAAAUUUAAGCUAGAUACUGGUGCGCAGGUAAAUUUAUUGCCAGAGAAAGUAUUGAAUAGCUUUGAAAAAAGAAAUAUACAAUUAGAGAAAACAAAUAUAGUAUUGGAAGCUUAUGGAGGACAUAAAUUUAAGCCGAUUGGAAUAGGGACCUUUAAAGAAAAGUGUAAAAUCUUGCUAGAGCCGGAUUGUUGUCCGAUAGUGAGGCCGCCAAGACGCAUACCAUAUUCCAUAAGGGACAAAUUGAAAGUUACGUUGAAUGAGCUGGAGCAAAAAGGAAUCAUUGCUAAGGCUGAAGGACCAGUGGAAUGGGCGAGUAAUUUAGUUAUUGUGGAGAAACCAAACGGUGCGUUAAGAAUCUGUCUAGAUCCAGUAGACCUUAAUAAAAGUGUUAAGCGAGAAUUAUGUUUAUUACCAACUUUAGGAGAAGUAAGCGCCACUUUCUCAGGCAAAGAAUGGUUUACUGUAUUAGACUUGAAGGAUGGGUUUUAUCAUGUAGAACUGGAUGAAAAUUCAAACAGAGCAAGAAAAUUAGGUAUCAAAUUCAAUCCAAACAAAGUACAAUUUAGAGUAAAUGAAGUAAAAUACCUAGGACACAGAUUUUCGAAAGUAGGUAUGGAGCCCGAUAAAGAAAGAGUAAAAGCGGUAGCAAAGCUUAAAAGUCCACAGAAUAAAAAAGAAGUGCAGAGAAUAUUGGGAAUGUUCAAUUAUUUCCAUGAUUUUAUGCCUAAUAUGGCUGAAAUGUCUGAGCCGAUAAGAAACUUAUUGAAAAAAGAUGUAGAAUUUUCGUGGUCAACAAAACAUGAGCAAGCAUUUAAAAGAUUAAAAGAAGUACUAAUGAAAGCUCCGGUAUUAGCAAAUUUUGAUAUUAAUAAGGAAAUCACGAUUCAGACGGAUGCGUCCAGCAAAGGUUUAGGAGCAUGCUUGUUACAAUUGGGGAAACCAAUAUUCUUUGCAUCGAGAAGUCUAACUGAAUCGGAAAUACAGUAUGCGCAAAUCGAAAAAGAAAUGUUAGCAAUAGUGUUCGCGACACAGAAAUUUAAGAAUUACAUUUAUGGUAAAAAAGUGACGGUGUGGACAGAUCACAAACCCUUAAUUACGAUUGUGAAAAAGAAGGUAUCAGAUAUUGUUUCUCCUAGAUUACAACGGUUAAAACUAAAACUACUUAAGUUUGAUUUGGAGGCAAAAUAUUGUCCAGAAAAGUAUUUAUAUGUGGCGGAUUUACUGUCCAGAGACUAUAAUUUGGACCCAGUUGAAGAAGAUCCGAAUAAUAUGCCCUUCGGUUCAUAUAAAUUCAAACAAUUUGCGGAGGAUUUUGGCAUGCAAAUUAUAACGUCUAGUCCACACUAUCCUAAAAGUAAUGGUCAGGCAGAAAGUGGUGUAAAAAUAGCAAAGUCUUUUCUGAAAAAACAAGUUGAUUUAGAUGUAGCAUUGUUAAACUACAGGAACACAGAAAUAACAAACAUAGGAUACUCACCUUCACAAUUGUUAAUGAAUCGCAAAUUGAGGACUAAGUUACCGAUGUCACAAAGAUUGUUAAAUGAUAGAAGUGUAAAGAGGAAGCAAGCGCAUGCUAAGUUAAUUAAUAAGCAGGAUAGAUUUAAGGCGGAUUAUGAUAGGAAAGCAAAAAAGCAAACAAUGUUCAAAGUUAAUCAAAAUGUGACAUUUAAAAAGGGAGAUAUAUGGGAAGCAGCUAAAAUAGUCGGAAUAUGUAAGGAACCUAGGUCAUAUUUAAUAAAAGACAAUGGUGGUCGUGUUAAGAAGGAACAGUAG